UUUACCCGCAUUCUAUCAAAUUUAUUGCCAUAGAAAUUUCAACCCAUUCACAUUUUUAUUACUUUUUGUUUGUGUAUGUAGUUGACCUGCAACAAUUCUAGUCAAAAAAAAUUUUUUUUUUGCAAUUUUCUGAUGUUUUGAGGCCGAAAAAUGACGAAAAUCAUCGUGAUUGGAGCUGGCGUGAGCGGAAUUGCCGCAGCGACAAAAUUACUUGAAAAUGGUUUCCGAAAUCUGCUGGUACUUGAAGGCGAAUCACGUAUCGGCGGUCGCGUUCACACAAUCCCGUUCGCAUCGAAUGUCGUUGAUCUCGGGGCUCAAUGGUGUCACGGCGAAAAAGAUAAUGUCGUGUUUCAGCUGGCAAAUCCGCAUGGUUUCUUCUCUUCUGCAACCACAAAAUACGAUAAUUUUGCGUGUAUCAAGUCCAAUGGAGACGUUGUCGAUGAAAAAAUCAGUUCGCGUUUGUGCGAAAUGGCAAUUGGCAUUUUGGAGGGCAACAAAGACGAACUAAAAACUUAUUUGGGAUCGUUGGGCAGCUUCAUUGUGGAAAAAUACGGAAAAUUAUUGGAAACGGAGCAAUAUAAGGACAUCGAUAAGAACACUGCCUACCAAUUUUUGGAUUUUUUCCAUCGUUACGAGAAUUCGAUCGAAGCUUCAGACACUUGGUAUGACACGUCAGCACGGGGAUACCUCCAUUAUUGGGAUUGUGAUGGCGAUCGGCUGCUAAAUUGGAAGGAUCGGGGUUACAAAACUAUUUUAGACCUCCUGAUGAAAAAAAUUCCGAAUCCCACGAACGCUUUUGACAUCGAAGACAAGAUUUUGCUCAAUAAAACAGUCACUAAAAUCGAUUAUGGCAGAAAUGAUGGCUUCGUAAACGUCCAAUGUGCUGAUGGGACGUCAUAUUUAGCUAAUCACGUGAUAUCCACAGUGUCUCUUGGGGUCCUAAAAGAAAAUUACCUUUCGAUGUUUGAGCCUGCCCUUCCACGCUACAAAGUGAAUGCCAUUCAAGGUCUCGGCAUCGGAACUGUCGAUAAGAUCUAUUUGGAGUUUGAAAAGCCUUUUUGGAGUGACAAUUGGCAAGGAUUCAGUCUCCUAUGGGAACAAUCCGACAUGGAAGAAGUUAAGAAACGCUCCGCUUGGCUGCAGGACGUCUUCGGAUUCUACAUUGUCGAUUUCCAACCAAAUAUUUUGUGUGGAUGGAUCUCGGGACCGCGUGCCAGAAUGAUGGAAAUGGCGAGCGAAGAUGAAAUUAGACGCGAUGUCAUGUUUUUGCUCCGAAAAUUUCUGAAAACUGACGUUCCUGAACCGAAACGCGUUCUCACAUCAUCUUGGUACUCGAAUCCCCAUUUCCGUGGAUCAUAUUCCUUCCGUUCUGUCACUACAGAUUUGUUGCAAACAUCAGCGGCGGAUUUAGCGAAGCCUUUAACGAACUCUCAAGGUGUUCCAAUUUUGCAAUUUGCGGGUGAAGCAACUCACGAUCACUAUUAUUCGACUGUGCACGGAGCUCUCGAGACUGGUUGGAGAGAAGCUGGAAGGAUUAUUGAUUUUUACAAGAGACCACUUUCGAACUUGUGAACGACGAAAAUUGUUUAUUUGGUGAAGGAACGAGGGUUUUUUGGGAUUUUUUUGGUUUCUUUGAGCAUGUUACCUUUGAAGUAUUCAAAUAAAGUUCAUUAUUUUCUUUUAAACUUCUGUUUUUUCUCUUUUUCCUUUGAUUUUUGACCCAAAAACUGAUUUUUCUUCAAUUUUUUUGUAGCAACGUCACCUUUGA